AUGUCUGGGAGAGCAAGAGCUCGAGCGAGGGGGCGAGCCCGGGGUCAGGAGACGACCGUUCCUACAGUGGGAGCAACUCCUGUUCCGCUGUCUGGCUAUGGCCAAAUGAAGCCCCCGCUGCCUGAAGCAGAGCCAUCACCCGGGGAUCAGGUUGGGCGUGGCCGACAAAAAAGGGGACCCCUUGCCCCGAGACCACAAGAACUUCAGAUUUCAGCAGGCUUUAAAGAAAUGACUUUGGGAGAAAGAGGUGGACACCGCAGGGACUACCAUGACCUUGGCGUAAACACCCGUCAGUUAAUGGAACAUGUUAGAGAAUCCAAAACAGGUCUGUCGGGGAGUUUAAUAAAAUUAAAUGCCAACCACUUUCGGCUGACUUCUCGCCCACAAUGGGCUUUGUACCAGUACCACAUUGACUACAACCCACAGAUGGAAGCCCGGCGUCUUCGUGCAGCCUUGCUGUUCCAACAUGAGGAGUUAAUUGGCAGGACACACGCUUUCGAUGGGACCGUUUUGUUUUUACCAAAGAGACUGGAAAAUAAGGUGACGGAGGUGUUAAGCCAGACACGGCAGGGAGAGACUGUGAAGAUUACCAUCACUUUAACCAACGAGCUUCCAUCAACUUCUCCAACUUGCCUACAGUUUUACAACAUUAUUUUUAGAAGAUUGUUGAAAAUAAUGAAUUUACAGCAGAUUGGACGAAAUUACUACAACCCAAGUGACCCAAUCAGUAUUCCUAAACACAGGCUGAUGAUUUGGCCCGGCUUUACCACUUCCAUUCUGCAGUACGAGACAAGCAUCAUGCUGUGCACAGAUGUGACCCACAAGGUUCUCAGAAGCGAGACUGUUCUGGAUUUUAUGUACGCCAUGUACGAACAAGUCGGAGAACAGCGAUUCCGGGAAAUCUGCAUGAAAGAGCUGAUCGGCCUGAUUGUCCUUACCCGGUAUAACAAUAAAACAUACCGGGUAGAUGAUAUCGAUUGGGAUUCCAACCCUCAAGAUGUCUUCAAAAAGGCAGAUGGAACUCAGAUCAGCUUUGUGGACUACUACAAGAUGCAAUACGGCCAAGGAAUCACCGACUUGAAUCAGCCCGUUUUGAUUAGUCAGCCAAAGAGGAAGAGGGGGCCAAGAGGUGACUUGGCAGGGCCGACGGUACUCAUCCCUGAACUCUGCUAUCUUACAGGCCUGACUGAUAAGAUGCGAAGCGAUUUUAAUGUAAUGAAGGAUUUGGCUGUUCACACGAGACUCGCGCCAGAGCAAAGAAUGCAUGAAGUUGGGCGGCUCAUUGAUUACAUUAAUAAAGAUGAUAAUGUUCAGAAAGAGCUGCGAGACUGGGGGCUCAGCUUUGAACCCAAUUUGCUUUCCUUUUCGGGGAGAGUGAUCCCCUCCGAAAAGAUCCAUCAGGGAGGGAAAGUGUUCGACUACAAUCCACAACUUGCAGACUGGUCCAAAGAAACAAGGGGAGCUCCCCUCAUCAGUGUAAAGCCGCUGGAUAACUGGUUGCUGGUAUACACUCGCCGGAAUUAUGAUGCUGCUAAUACUUUAGUCCAAAACCUUUUCAAAGUCACCCCAGCGAUGGGCAUAAGAAUGAACAAAGCUAUAAUGGUUGAAGUCGAGGACAGAACAGAGGCGUACUUGAGAACCUUGAAGCAGAAGAUUGCCUCCAAUACCCAGAUGGUGGUCUGCAUCCUGUCCAGUAACCGUAAAGACAAAUACGAUGCAAUCAAGAAAUACUUGUGUACCGAUUGUCCCACGCCAAGCCAGUGUGUCCUUGCUCGCACGCUGAGCAAGCCCCAAACUGUAAUGGCGAUAGCCACCAAAAUUGCCUUACAGAUGAACUGUAAGAUGGGGGGCGAACUCUGGAGUGUUGAAAUCCCGCUGAAACAACUCAUGAUUGUGGGAAUCGACUGUUACCAUGAUACCACUGCCGGACGCCGAUCGAUUGCGGGGUUUGUCGCUAGCUUGAACCAGGGAAUGACCCGCUGGUAUUCACGCUGUGUGCUUCAAGACCGUGGGCAAGAACUUGUGGAUGGACUCAAAGUGUGCUUACAAGCGGCACUAAGGUCUUGGUAUGCCUACAACAACCACAUGCCUUCUCGAAUCAUUGUGUAUCGGGAUGGUGUUGGCGAUGGUCAGCUAAAAACCUUGGUGAGCUAUGAAGUCCCACAGUUUUUGGAAUGUUUGAAAACAAUUGGGAGAGACUAUAGUCCCAAACUAACAGUGAUAGUGGUAAAGAAGCGUGUAAACAACAGAUUCUUUGCCCAAAUUGAUGGAAGACUACAGAAUCCACCACCUGGCACAGUGAUUGAUAUAGAGGUUACCAGACCAGAAUGGUAUGAUUUCUUCAUUGUGAGCCAGUCAGUGAGAAUUGGCACCGUUUCACCCACGCAUUACAAUGUAAUCUAUGACAACAGUGCGCUGAAGCCUGACUACAUGCAGAGGCUGACGUAUAAGUUGUGCCAUAUGUAUUACAAUUGGCCGGGAAUCAUUAGAGUGCCUGCUCCGUGCCAGUAUGCUCAUAAACUGGCUUUCCUUGUGGGGCAAAGUAUCCACAGAGAACCAAACUUAUCCCUCUCGGAGAGUCUGUAUUACCUGUGA